UCUAAGCUACCUGAACGUAAAGAAGUGUUGUGUUUCACAACAUUCGUAGUAAACUAGUAAUUACGGAAACAUCGGUGGAUUUCCAAAAACUGAAGGAAAACGUGGUAAUCUGGUAACAUUAUGUUGAUGGUCCUCAGGAAUAUAAUAUAUAUCAUCAUUUUCCCUGAUGUACUGGUUCGCUUAGUUAAUGGUAGCUGAUAGGAUGGAUCAAAGACAAAACUUAUCAAGAUCUGAAUCAAACAGCGCAGCCACAGAAAAUCCAUCCUUCUUUGAAAAGUUAUUCUGUAGAGGUGCUACUCAAAGAAAAGGAAAGAAGUACAGAAAAGUUGUGGCAAAUCUUGCCUUUUCAGGAUCGCACUCUUCCAAAAGUCACCCUCAUUAUGGAUAUGCCAACAAUAGAAUACGCACCACAAAAUAUACUCUUCUUUCUUUUAUCCCUAAAAACUUGUUUGAACAGUUUCACAGACUUGCCAAUUUGUACUUCCUUGGAAUUGUACUUCUGAAUUGGCUACCUCAGAUUAAUGCAUUUGGAAAAGAAGUUGCCAUGAUACCUGUAGUUUUUGUACUUGGUGUAACUGCUGUUAAAGAUGCUUUUGAGGAUCAUCGUCGUUACCUGUCUGAUAAGAGAGUUAACAACUUGACAUGUAGAGUGUACAGUCGGGAAGACAGCCGGUAUGUGAAAACUUUGUGGAAACAUGUACAAGUAGGAGAUAUAGUGCAUCUUUCUUGUAAUGAAGUCAUUCCUGCUGAUAUAUUGCUGCUGAGGUCUAGUGAUGACCAAGGGUUAUGUUUCAUAGAAACAGCUAACCUUGAUGGAGAAAGCAAUCUCAAACAGAGACAUGUGAUCCGAGGAUAUGCUGCCAUGAGAGAUACUUUUCAUCCAACACACUUCAACAGUACAAUCGAGUGUGACCUACCCAACAACAAGAUUCACCGAUUUACAGGCUAUAUUAUUCACCCCGAUAACGAAAAGGUUCCAGUGAACAAAGAAAACCUACUUUUAAGAGACUGUGUUGUCAAGAAUACAGACUUUGUGGAAGGAAUUGUUGUUUAUGCAGGUCAUGAAACUAAGGCUAUGUUAAACAAUGGAGGACCAAGGUACAAACGCAGCAAACUGGAGAGGAUUAUGAAUCGUGAUAUUAUAUGGUGCAUAGUUAUUUUGGUUGUUUUGUGCUUUGUGGGAGCAACUGGGAGUGGUUUGUGGUUGUCAUCAUAUGAACAGAGGGAAAACAUAUAUUUCAUUCCGUAUGAGCAUAAGUAUCGAUUCAACCCAACAGUUGAUGGUGUUAUUCAGUUUUGGACUUUUGUAAUAAUUCUUCAGGUGAUGAUUCCUAUAUCAUUGUAUGUUACAAUUGAACUGAUCAAAUUGGGCCAAGUGUUUCACAUCCAUCAUGACGUUGAAUUAUAUGAUGAACAUUCUAAUAAACGAGUAGAGUGUCGAGCACUCAACAUUACAGAAGAACUAGGCCAGUUGCAGUUCGUGUUUUCUGAUAAAACAGGAACUCUUACAGAAAACAACAUGGUCUUUCGACGAUGCACAAUUGGGGGUGUUGACUACAACCAUCAUACUCCUACUGUUGAAGAUGAAAUAACAGAUAGUGGAGAUGGGGACCAGUGGAAGAACAGUGAAAUAAAUCCUAAACACAAUUUGUCUUUCAUUCUUAACCCAAGGCUUCAAGAAGAAUUAGCCAAAAUGGAAAUACAACUUGCUAUGGGACCAAACUUGCAUAGGCAAACAAGUUUGAAUACUGAGAAUCAGCGCAUACAAGAUUUCUUUUUAUUAAUGGCUGUUUGUAACACAGUUGUGGUGUCUAAACAUCCUCACAAAGACCAGAUGAAUUCCAGUGGUCUGUGUCUCAAUGCAUCACAUUUCUCGGCACCUUCAUUACCAGCUACAUUAGGAACGAAUACGUGUACUGAUAGUAGCCAACAGCCUCGAUAUACUCGUCUGGUCGAUGCUUUAGACACUCCUCCAGGUUCAGGACGCUCAACUCCUCUUCAGCGACCACAGUAUCUUCCAAUUUCUAACAGCUCUAGGACUGCCACACCUACUCCUACACCAGUUUCACCUGAAUUUCAUCCAAUAUAUGAGGCAGAAAGCCCUGAUGAAAUUGCACUUGUAAAUGCAGCAUAUUUUUAUAAUUGUCAAUUAUUAAAGAGGACACCUGAUUGUGCUGUUAUUGCUUUACCAGGAGAAGGUCUUCUUGAGUUCAAAAUUCUUCACGUUCUUCCAUUCGAUGCGAAUCGAAAAUGUAUGUCAGUAAUUUUAGAGCAUCCAUUCACCAAAGAAAAAGUCCUUUACUGCAAAGGGGCUGAUUCAGCUAUUUUGCCACUUCUGGCUCCAGUAACUCAGCAAGAAACAAAAGAAAUCAUCACAAAGACACAUCAACAUUUGAAUAACUAUAGCAAGAAAGGACUUAGAAUUCUUUGUAUGGCUAAAAAGGUACUUUCCCCAGAGGAAUAUGAAGAAUGGGUGGGCUUGCACAAGGAAGCAGAAAUGGCUCUUGAUGACCGAGAGCAGCAAAUUCAUGAUUCAGCUUGCUAUAUUGAGCAAAACAUGGAGCUUCUGGGAGCCACUGGAAUUGAGGAUCGUCUUCAGGAAGGAGUUCCUGAAUGUAUAGCAUCCCUUCGAGCUGCAGGCAUGGUAGUUUGGGUGUUAACAGGAGACAAACAGGAAACAGCUGUUAAUAUUGCUUACUCGUGUCAACUGUUUUCAACAGACAUGGAAGUGGUCACUCUUAAUGCAAGGUCAAAGGAAGCUGCUGAAGACACCAUUAGGUUUUAUUUGGACCAAAUAUCCAAAGAAGUUGUUACAAGAGAUACUGGAUCCCCCGUGCCAUCUGUCUUGAUGUCCAGAUCAUCUCUGCUAUUUGGUAAUUUCCUUUUUGGAAGAUAUAACAAUAGUAAUUCUCCAAUUAAUCGAUCCAACAGUCAUCGACGAAACAAAAGAGCAUUAGUCAUAGAUGGACGUACUCUGGCUUUCAUCCUAGACAAAAAUAUUAACAGCUUGUUUGUGGAACUUGCUCAGUACUGCAGUGCAGUUCUUUGCUGUCGCACAACACCUCUACAAAAGGCUUCGAUAGUCAAACUGAUCAAAGAUGAGCUCAAUGUCAUGACUUUAGCAAUUGGUGAUGGUGCAAAUGAUGUCAGCAUGAUUCAGAAAGCAGAUGUUGGUAUUGGUAUCAGUGGACAGGAAGGAAUGCAGGCUGUCAUGGCUAGUGAUUUUGCUGUGACACGAUUUCGACAUUUAGAACGUUUACUUCUAGUUCAUGGACACUGGUGCUAUGAUCGACUAGCCCGUACUGUUCUGUAUUUUUUCUACAAAAAUGCUUCUUUUAUCUUUGUGAUCUUCUGGUAUCAAAUAUACUGUGGUUUUUCGGGGAUGGUAAUGAUUGAUCAGCUCUACCUCAUGCUGUUCAAUGUUCUCUUCACUGCCCUUCCUCCCCUGGUACUUGGAAUCUAUGACCAAGACUGCACUGAAAGUAUAUUACUUCAGAAGCCUACUCUAUAUGCACAGGGGCGACGUUCCAAGGUUUAUACUAAAUAUUCCUUUUGGGUAAACAUGGUGGAUGCAUUAUAUCAGAGUGUGAUCAUUUUCUUUGUUCCUUUACUGGUGUAUUAUGAUAGUAAUGUGGGACUUUGGGAGUUUGGAUCCACUAUCUUCACUGCUUGUGUUUUAGUACAGCUUGCACAUAUAGCCAUAGAAACCAGGUCUUGGACAUACCUCCAUAUACUUGCCACAUUCCUGAGUAUUGCAGUUUAUUUUGGUUUUGCAGUCCUGUAUAAUGCUUUGUGUCUUGGUAGCUCAUCCCUUCAGAACUCUUACUGGGUCAUGCAGCAUGUCAUGGCAACUGCACCGUUCUGGUUUACAGUUGUUUUAGUUCUAGUCAUUGCAUGUUUACCAAGGUUUGUUGUUCGUACCAUUCAGAACAGCCUCUCUCCUUGUCACGUAAUAGUAGCCCUGCAAGAAAUUAAAUUUCCUAAGCAAGCUUGUGAAAAGUGUUCUGUCUCUGCCUCUUGGUCCCGAGGGUCCAGUGGUUCUUCCAGUGUGACAUUUAGACAUACAGGAAGUCACGCGAUAGUACAAGAAGACAAUAGAUCAGAGGUUUACUCUGUCCCAAAUAUGUGUGAUACUUCAUUGGAAGGCUCUGAUGUUGUAGCAUAGCCAUAGUCGUCUUCCUACCUGACUAGAUAUUUUUUUUAUAAGAUAUAUUAUGAGAGAGUUGAUGGGAUUACAGUCUUAAGGCAAUUCAGAUAUAUUACAAAAUAGUGAGAACUUUAGCAGCUUAUUGUAUGAUGUAGAUUUUGCCAAGUAAGUAGUUCCAAGCAUCAGCAGUAAAAGAUCAUUUUGUUGCCAAUUAUAAUACAUUAGUGUGUAUAUUUAAGUUUUCAGUGUAAGUAAAACUGUUUCCCAGAAGAUAAUUGAGACUUAAAAAAGCUUAAAAUUUAUUAUAUGAAAAAAAGAUGUUAUUCUCAGAAGAAAAAAGUUUUUAAGAUUCAAAUAGUUAAGGUAUCACUGAAGUUAAGUCUUCAAUGUUUGUGUAUUUUUAAAACUUCUUAAAGUUGAGAUAUUUUUAGACAAAUAUUUUUUUUUUACUUAAAAAUGGAUAUUGACUUAAUAAUUUUCAUUCCUUGUUUUUGAUCUCAGAAAGCUGAUUAUUAGAUUUAGUUUGAUAGAAUACCUUUAUUUUCCUCUCUCCUGGGAAUGCUACACGUAUAUUAAAAUAAAUAUUUUAGCUGUAAAGUCUAAAAGAACAUAUUUCUUCUUAAAAACAAAAAACGAGAACUAAAAACAUUAUUGCUUUAUUUCUCAUGUCUUACUGAAUAUAAAUAAAGAAGUUAUUAAGAGAAAAAAAAACUAAACUUACUUGCAUUAAAGUUCUGUUACAUCGGAAGUUUGUAAGGGAAUUGAUUCGGUUUCUUUUUCCGUUUGUCUAUACCUCUUAAAACGUGUACAUUCCAACAAUUUUAUAUACAUAUAUAUAUGUGUGUGUGUGUGUGUGUGUGUGUGUGUUAUAAUAUAGUAUAUAUAUAUAUAUAUAUAUAUAUUUUUUCUAAAAGUAAAUUUAAGAUUGUACUUAACGUGUAUUAGGCAGGAUAAAAAACAAUAUAUAUAUAACUGGGUAUUGAGAGACAAGUUUUUCUUGGAGUGAUAUUUUCUGUCAAUAUAUAUUUAUAAUGUAUUCAUUACAGAUGAUAUCUAGUAACAUUCUACUGCUAGAAAGUUGGUCCAAAGUGUCAAACAUGACUAAUUAGUGAUAGCAUAGUUGUUCUUGCAUAUAGCUUUUACUAUUUGAGAUCUAAUACAAAACAAAAAUCUGACAAACACAUGAUAUCAACAUAGAAUCCAUUCAGUGACAAGGAAAACUAUUGAUAUUCAAUAUAUCUUUGUUUCUGACAGACUCUACUUCUCCGGAGAUUUUUUACAAUAUUUUUCUUGUCCUUUUAACAAAAAUUCUAAGGAUGACCUCACCUUAUGUUUUUGUGUUAUGAUUUAGUAAACAAUAAUGUUGUGUAAAUAUAUUCAUGUGAAUACAUCCUACAGUCAGUUGUCAAGAUUUUAGAAAUAUCCACCGGGUCUUUAUUUGUAUAUGACUGAGUGUUGUGUUUAAUACUCUUAGCUGUUUAUUGAUACAAAAAUGAAUUGUGAAGCAAAUAUUACAUUUUCUGUUUUUCAAUUAAUAAUACGAGUAAUAUUAUGUUUCUCUUUGUCAUCUAAACCUCUUCUUAUCGAAUUUAUUUUAAGUUUUUCAAAAUUUGACAUUUUAAAGUCAACAUAACAUCUACUAAUUGGUUAAAAUAAAAUAGAGCAUUAUCAGCCAGUAUUUAAAAGCAGAACAAGUUAUUAUUUCAAGUGAAAGUUCUCUCAUUUGUAGGCAAAGAAUAAUGGAAUGAAAACAAAACGUUUUAAUACCUAAAGCUAUAAAAUGUGUGAUUUAAAAACUUAAGAUGUUGUGUUAUUUCUGUUCUUAUCUUUACAGUAAUAUCUCUUUUUAAAUAAUUGACUAGUGUAAGUUGUAACUCUUGUUUUGUUUCUCACAUUUAAAAACUAUUUUUUGAGAUAUGUCCACCAAGCUAAGUGAGAGAAAUUGCAUGACUCUUUGCCUUUGUCUUACCUUCAAGUUCAAUAGAAGGCCACAUAAUGGGCAUAGUUUAGGCCCUGUUGUAGAAUUCUGGAUUUUGGAGAUGGCGAGUCAGAAUCAAAUCUUUGUAAUACAACAAAAUAUUCCAUGCACUUUAAAUUUAUGGGUGCAUUUUAAGAAUGAUAUUAAAUCCCUUAGCAUGGAUAGUGGGUUGCUGGUGACUUCCCUCUGGUCAGUAGUUCAGAUUAGGGAUGGUAGCAAUUAGCUUUGUAGCUAUGCCAUAAAUACAAAAUACAGAAAACUUAUCACCUGAUUUAGAAUUCUUUCAGUAAGGUUUUUAGUGAGAGAUGCAAAGCUACAAAACAAAAAAAAAUCAUCAUCAUGGACACACAGAACUAUUUGGAAAUACAGAGAAAUUGGUACACAUUACAUUUCUUUAGACUUAAAUUAGAGCUUUUAACUUAACACUGUUCACAUCUAGCAAGCAUGUUGCAUCUUACUAGCUACUAUAAACCACCCUUAUUUAAGUUAGACUGUAAGUUGCUUUCAACCAUUGAUACUAAUUUUUGUUUUACUUCAUUGUUCCCCACCUCAAUAUUAAUUAAUUGGUGAAUGCUAAUUCAUGGGAAAGUUGUACUUCAGCAAGUUGUUCUGCAUGUAAACAUAAUAGUUAUUAGUUGUCAUGUAAACAUAUUAGUUAUUAGUUCUACAUUUUUUUGUGUGUGUUAAUGAUGCAACAUGAUAAUAAAAUUGUUUGACUGUUUUGUGGUAUUUAGAGGGAAAAUUCCUCUAUAAUUACUACUAUAUAUAUGAGUGGGUAAUUUUAUUUUAUUUUAUAAAACUUAAUAGGUUUAAAUUGUUUCAUACAAUAUGUAUGUAAACCUCUUAUCAUUAAGCACUGGACGUAAAAUGUUUUCAUUCACUUAGAUAAAUAUGAUCUAAUGAUGUCUAUAUGAUUAAGUAUUUCUAGCUUGCAAAUAACAGGUUAUAUUGGAAGAAUCAGCAUAUUUAUAUAAAAAUAAAUUAUGUAAACUGGUUGAAACAGUGAAGUGUGAAAUUUGUUUCAGGAUAUAUCCAUUGUUAGUUUUUAUAAAUAUCUUCAUAUGUAAAUUUAAUAGAAAAUAUAUGUGUCUAUAUAUAUAUAAAUAUAUAUAUUGUAUUAAAGUAUUUUUGCAAUAUAUUUUUCAAAUGAUAUACUUGAAGAGGAAUAAUAGCAUGAAAAUGCCAUUUGCUCUGCCUGAAAUAUUUAUGUAUUCUACAUUUGUUGAUAUUUGUGUAAAUGUUUAAAAAUAGGGUUAAAUAUAUUUGUUAAUAUAAUUUGAGAAAAUUUUAUGCAUGUAUGUUAUUUGGAUAAUACAGUUUGUUGCCAAAUGUCAAGUAUGAAGUAAAAACAACAAAAACAAGGUCCUAUCUAAAAACAGUUAAUUUUAAUAAACACAAGACUAAUGAACUGUUACUGAAAGUAACAUUAAAUUUGGUAAGAUGUUCAGGUGUCUUGUUUUGUGGCAAAAGUCUCAACAACAACAACAAAAAUAAAUUUUAAUAAACACAAGACUAAUGAACUGUUACUGAAAGUAACAUUAAAUUUGGUAAGAUGUUCAGGUGUCUUGUUUUGUGGCAAAAGUCUCAACAACAACAACAAAAAAGUUCAAGUUUAACAUAAAUUAUGUUAGUUUAAGAUUAGUAAGAUAUGUUUUUGUCAAGAGAAAUAUUCUGUUUUCUGAAUAUUGUAAAUGAGAGGUAUUUUACAGUUAAAAAUUGUGAGGGAUCUGAUAUUUAUCCAAAAGUGAUGUAUUAUAUACAUGUUAAGGUGGCACUCACUGAAUAACUACAUCCUCUUUAUAUGUCAACAGAAUAUGGAACAUUGGGUAUUCCAUGUUUGUGGGAAAAGGCGGUUUGAGAACGGGAAGAUCUCAACUGACAAAUCUGUAGCACAAAAGAUAUUUGUUGUUACAUUAUUUUUUUGUAUUUCACUUGUGUUUGGUAAAACUCCUUAUAAGUCUAGAUGAGAGAAGUUACUUGAUUAUUUCUUGCAAGAACAUUCCAGAUCCCCUAAAAUAAAAAAAA